ACGAGACCAGCUCCCGAGGUAGCUGCGGGAGCUCCAGGACCAUGGCCCCGAAGCUGCUGCUCCUGCUCUGCCUUUUCUCAGGCUUGCACGCGCGGUCCAGAAAGGUGGAAGAAGAUGAAUAUGAAGAUUCUUCAUCAAACCAAAAGUGGGUUUUAGCUCCAAAAUCUCAAGACACUGAUGUGACUCUUAUCCUCAACAAAUUGCUACGAGAAUAUGAUAAAAAGCUGCGGCCAGAUAUUGGAAUAAAACCAACUGUAAUUGAUGUCGACAUUUACGUUAACAGCAUUGGUCCUGUGUCAUCAAUAAACAUGGAAUACCAAAUCGAUAUAUUUUUUGCUCAGACCUGGACAGACAGUCGCCUUCGGUUCAACAGCACCAUGAAAAUACUUACUCUGAACAGCAACAUGGUGGGACUGAUAUGGAUCCCAGACACAAUCUUCCGCAACUCUAAAACAGCAGAGGCUCACUGGAUCACCACGCCCAACCAGCUCCUCAGAAUCUGGAAUGAUGGCAAAAUUCUUUAUACUUUAAGGCUCACCAUCAACGCGGAAUGCCAGCUGCAGCUGCACAACUUCCCCAUGGAUGAGCACUCCUGCCCGCUGAUCUUCUCCAGCUAUGGCUACCCCAAAGAAGAAAUGAUUUAUAGAUGGAGAAAAAAUUCAGUUGAGGCAGCUGAUCAGAAGUCUUGGCGGCUUUAUCAGUUUGACUUCAUGGGCCUCAGAAACACCACAGAGAUUGUGACAACGUCCGCAGGUGACUACGUUGUCAUGACUAUCUACUUUGAGUUAAGUAGAAGAAUGGGUUACUUCACUAUUCAGACAUACAUCCCCUGUAUACUCACUGUGGUUCUAUCCUGGGUGUCUUUUUGGAUCAAAAAAGAUGCUACACCAGCGAGAACUGCACUGGGCAUCACCACAGUGCUCACCAUGACCACGCUCAGCACCAUUGCCAGGAAUUCACUGCCACGAGUGUCCUACGUGACUGCCAUGGACCUCUUCGUGACCGUGUGCUUCUUGUUCGUCUUUGCUGCUCUGAUGGAGUACGCCACCCUCAACUACUACUCCAGCUGCAGAAAGCCAGCCACCACCAAGAAGAAAACGUCGUUGUUACAUCCCGAGUCCUCAAGAUGGAUUCACGAGCGCAUAAGCCUACAAACACCCUCGAACUAUUCUCUCCUGGAUAUGAGGCCACCGCCACCUGCAAUGAUCUCGUUAAACAACUCCGUGUACUGGCAGGAAUUUGAAGACACCUGUGUCUAUGAGUGUCUGGAUGGCAAAGACUGUCAGAGCUUCUUCUGCUGCUAUGAAGAGUGUAAGUCAGGGUCUUGGAGAAAAGGGCGGAUCCACAUCGACAUCUCAGAGCUGGACUCCUACUCCCGGGUCUUCUUCCCCACGUCGUUCUUGCUCUUUAACUUGGUCUAUUGGGUGGGAUACUUGUAUCUCUAAGUGCCACCCAUGGUGAUGAGUGAGGAGUGCUUGGUCCACACUCUACCUUCUGUCAUCCCCAAGACCAGUAGCGAUCAAUUGGGAGUCUCCAGGAAGAACACUGCUUGGUUCAUCCUGAGUUAUAAAUUACCUUUCAGCAUCACAGGAUGUAUCUGGCCAAUAUUCCUAAUAUCACACACACACACACACACACACACACACACACACACACACACACUGAAUUUAACUAAAUUCUAUCCAAAGUGGUAUUCUUGCUAAUCCUAUUGCGUCUGUAGCUUGGUGAUGCUUAUGGAUUGUUUUCAGUAUUAGAAACAGCUGCUGAUUACCCUUGCAAAGAAAUCUAUUAAAGGGGCACGCAGAUAUAUGAGUAGCUCUCUUGGGCCCCACCCUGUGUACCUCUCCUUCAUGGCCCUUGGCACCAGCACCCACCUGAGUGAAGCACUCCUGGCAGAGAUGCACUCACAUUGGUCUCGGCCCUGUGCACAAGUGCUGAGUUCAAGUGCGGGCUGCAGUGAGUCCUGGGGCCCAUCUCCCCUCUCUGCAGCCUCUUUUGCUCUGGCACCAACCUUAGCCAGUCUUUCUUGACCUCACAAUUCACCCUAGGCCUGGGAAGAGUGUGCAUAUAUCUACAAGUUUCCUUUGAGGAAGAAAUUCUCACAUUGCUAAAAUCAAAGAUGUUGAUUAUCCAUGAAUAUUAAGAGGUAAUUACUUUAUUCCACGCUACCAAAAGUCAACGGUAUUUGAGGGUUGGCUUCUUGGAGUAGUUCAACUUUAACUCAACAUUUCCCCUUAAGAGUUAUGUUCUACGAGACCAGAGCUCAACCUCAAAAUAUGUGUCUCACUUAUGUUGUUAUUAUAGUUCAAUAAUUAUUUUCACCGGGAAAAAAGAGACACAGCAUGCACAAACCUUUGCUUUGAAAUCACACUCCAGAGUAUGAAAGAAAUUUAAGUAGAAUUUCAAAAAUUUCUUAAUGAAUAUUAAUUUUCAAAUUAAACCAAUUUUAGAUGCAAACAAUGGGUAAUGACUCACACCAGUUAUACAUUUUGAUGAGCAAAAAUCAUGUUUGUACUUUCAAAGCCUGGAUACAUAGCAAAAUCCCAAAGGAAAAAAAUUCCCCAAUCAAUAUACUUUUGAUAUUUUUAUAAAACAAAUCCAAUUUGCUUCAUGAUAUUAGUUCUUUGUUACAACUGGAGGCCAAUAUGUACUUUAUACGAAUCUUUCAAAGCUUCUCUUCAGCAGUAGGGGGGGAAAAGUCCUACCAGUUAGUUAAUAAUGCUUUGGCAUUAUUAAAAUUUUAGCAUUAGCAUUUCUUUGCUUCCCAAUUGUCUCACAGAGGAAACCGAAUUGAUUAUAUUGAAAACUAUUGUACAUAGUAUUUAGCAUUUCUUUGCUUCCCAAUUGUCUCACAGAGGAAACCGAAUUGAUUAUAUUGAAAACUAUUGUACAUAGUAUUGUACAUUACUAAAAUUAGUAAAACAUUAUCAGAGAAAGUACAUCAAAGUGCUGAUUCACACAAUUUAUUGGAUGGAUACCAGAGAAGGGAAUGAGAGCGGAAGAGACCAGAAAGACUGGAAAUAAAUAGGUCGUUUUAUUCUUAUUAACAUUUUAACGUUGUUGCAUAUCAAGUGAAUGACAAAAUAUCGAUAUGCCACCACCCAGUUUUCAAGGAUCAGAUGUACUCAGUAUGAAAUAUCCAGUCUCGUUUGUACUUCUACAGUGUCUUUUGGUUUGAUAGUUGCUCCACAAGCCACAAGCCUACUUAGCAAAGUGAAUUUAAAACAUAAAAUAAUACUUGUGGAGAAAUAAGUUGAAAAACAACGGCUGAAAUGAAAAGUCUCUGCUCCUGGAGAAUUUCACAAUUAAUAUCCUAGUCUGUUACUCAAACAUUAUGGACCUGGUGCCCCUGUGCGGACCCCACAGGAAUACCUGUCACACCAUGGCACCGAGCACAGAGGGCGGUGGUACAGACAAUUUCCAGCGUUGUACAUUUGUAAUUUCUAACAGUAUGAAGAGUUUUAACCUGAUACAUCUUAAAAUAAGGUCUAGAAAAAAAUCUUCCGGUAAAAUUCUUUUUGAGAGGAAAAUGACUUACAGGCAUUUUAUAGCCUAAAAUGUUACCUUAAAAACAAUUCGACAGAUACCUCUUAUUUGAGAAGGUCUCAGUAUUUGUAAGUCAUUAACAAUUUUCAUGCGAUUUUAGGAAAGGAUGGGUAGAGGGAAAUAUCCCAAGAGCCUCUGUUUUCUGCAGCCUGCCUCUUUCCUCCUGACUUCAGCCAACCUGUGAAAACACGGUGGUUCAUGGCGUCUACUCCAUGAAGGAGAGCCUUUAUCUCAAAAAGAAUAAGAGACGUUUGUGCAAGAGAGAAUAAGAUAGAUUCCUGCCUACUUAGCAAUCUGCCCACUACGAAGUCUUACAGAACACCCCCAAGAGCAUUCCAAUGCCUAUUUCUCUGCAAAAUUUAUGUUGUCCAAGUUAAUAUCAACUCCUGAGAUGACCUGUUCCGUCCAUAGCACAGGAGAGAAACAUGUCUUACUCGAGUGCAGAGCUCGGGGCUUUUAAAGCAAAAAAGAGAAAGGAGAAAGGAGGGGGAAAGGCAGGGCAAAAAGUGAGAGAGAUGUGUCCCCUUUAACGGACAGCCCCCUUACCAGGACACUCGAUAGUGGGGGACCGUGCAGCUUCACCCAGUUGCUUUGCACGGAGAGGUGGGGGUGCCUGGGGUGGAAGAUAUUGGAGGGAUCCGUGUUCAAAGGUGCUACUGUGUUCCUCACGUUGAGAAAGGCUCUCAAUCAAGAAGAUGACAGCUUCAUGUUUUGACAAAGAUGCCAAAUUUUCAACACUGUGCAUCAUUCUUAAGACUGUGACUAUCUCCCCUUUAAGCUGCAUCCUGGCUGAGGGCAAAAAA